GCGCCCGCUGCCCGCGGCGCGCCGGGAGGAGGAAGGGGGGGGACGGACACCGGGGCGUUAUCGCCGCCCUGCCCCUCGAGAGCCGCGGAGGGGCAGAUAGAGCGGCGGCCCCGCGGCUUCUCCCCCCUCGCGGUUUGACGGAUGCGGUGCCCGCGAUCUGCGGCUUCUCCCCCUGCUCUCUGCCCGCACGGUUUUCAGGGCUGCCGUGGCAGCGAUCCGCGGCUUUUCCUCCCCGCACGGUUUGACGGAUGCUGUGCCCGGUGGCCCCGCGGCUCGCCCCGCUCCCCCCGCACGGUUUGGUGGAUGCGGCGGCCGCGAUCCGCGGCUUCUCCCCCCGCACGGUUUGCAGGCUGCGAUGCCCGGUGCCGCCGUCCCAGCGUUUCUCCCCCCGCACGGUUUUGACGGCUGCGGUGCCCGCGAUCCGCGGCUUCUGCCCCGCUUCCCCCCCGCAGGAUUUCACGGCUGCCGUGCCCGGUGCCCCCGUGGUUCGCACGCACCUGGGGAGCCGGAGGGAGCCCGCGGAGCUCCGCGGCUCGGCUCUGGCGCUGCUCCCCCGGGAACGGCGGCGGGAUGGAGGGAUGGAGGGAUGGAGGAGCCCCGCGCGCCGUCUCAGCCGGGCCGCCCCUUCCCUCUCCCCGCAGGGCGCGCAGUACGAGCUGAAGGAGAGCCCGGGGGUGCAGCACGCCGCCUUCCCCCACCACCACCCCGCCUUCUACCCCUACGGGCAGUACCAGUUCGGGGACCCGUCGCGGCCCAAGAACGCCACCCGGGAGAGCACCAGCACCCUCAAGGCCUGGCUCAACGAGCACCGCAAAAACCCCUACCCCACCAAAGGCGAGAAGAUCAUGCUGGCCAUCAUCACCAAAAUGACCCUCACCCAGGUCUCCACCUGGUUCGCCAACGCGCGGCGGCGGCUCAAAAAGGAGAACAAAAUGACCUGGGCGCCGCGCAGCAGGACGGACGAGGAGGGCAAUUCCUACGGGAGCGACCACGAGGGGGAAGAGGACAAGAGGGAGGACGAGGAGGAGAUCGACCUGGAGAACAUCGACACCGAGAACAUCGAGAGCAACAAGGACGAGCUGGAGGACGAGCUGCAGGACGCGGAGCUCCUGCACUCCGACUCCAAGACGGACUCGGAGGGCUCCGAGGGCUUCGAGGACCUGCCCGGCUCGGAGGAGCGCUACCUCAAGGCGGCCGAGGGGGAGCCGCACCACCUCCGCCACCACCACCUCCACCACCACCAUCACCACCACCACAAGUGCGAGGUCCCCGCCGUCCCGGAGCCCCUCAAGCCGCCUCCCCUGCAGCCUCCCCCGCACCACCUCUCGCCCCCGUCCUCCGCCUCCUCCUCGGCCGCCUCUUCCCCGACGGACGGCGCUUUGGCAGCCACCCUGCCCAAGCCCAAGAUCUGGUCGCUGGCCGAGACCGCCACCAGCCCGGACAACCCCCGCAAGUCUCCCGGCGGCGGCUCCCCGCCCGCCCCGCUGCCGCUGCCCCCCGCGCCGCCCCACAGACUCGUCUCCUCCUGCCCUCUGGGCAAGUUCCCCAACUGGACCAACCGCGCCUUCCCAGCCCACCACCACCACCACCACGGGGCCCCGCUGGCCUUACUGAACACUCCUCACCUGCUGGGGCUGGGGGCCGCCCCCGCCUUCCCGCGGCCCGCGGACCAAGCGCAGAGCGCGGAGCCCUCCGGAGCAGAUCGAUCUAGUGCCUUGGAAGUAGAGAAAAAGUUAAUAAAGACAGCUUUCCAGCCAGUGCAGAGGCGGCCCCAGAACCAACUUGAUGCCGCUAUGGUUCUAUCGGCGUUGUCAUCAUCAUAGUUAAUUUUUUUUUUUAAUUGUUGUUGUAAUGAUUGUAAAAAGAAAUCUCUGUAUAGGUACAACUUGUAAGCAUGUCCGUGUAUUAAAACUUAAAAAAAGAAAAAAAAGAAAAAAAAAAACCAAACCAAACCCGCUUCUGUACUAUCAUCUGGAUUAGCUGAGUUUGUGAGGAUUUUUGGAAGUCCAGUGAGAAUUGGGUGUUUCGAUUUUUCUUUUUUUUUGUUGUUGUUUUUGUAUAUACAGUAAAAAUGUACAUACGUGUGAACCAAAUUGUACAAGAAAGUAUAUAUUUUUGGCUAAUAAAUAAACUGUUGCCACUUUGCCUACAC